UAUUUUUCCCUUCACCACUUCAUCAAACCCCUAUAAAUUGCACUAGAAACUCAUUCAUUCUCACUCACAGGUGGGAGAACAAAACACAACAGCAUACAGUGAGAGAUACAGACAUAUAUACAGAGAAUAAUGGAGUACUUCCCAGUGAUCAACAUGGAGAAACUAAACGGUGAAGAAAGGGGAGCCACAAUGGAGCUCAUCAAAGAUGCUUGUGAGAACUGGGGAUUCUUUGAGUUGAUGAACCAUGGAAUUCCACAUGAGUUUAUGGACACUGUGGAGAGGCUGACAAAGGAGCACUACAAGAAGUGCAUGGAAGAGAGGUUCAAGGACCUGAUGGCAACCAAGGCUCUAGAGGGUGUCCAAGCAGAGGUCACUGACAUGGACUGGGAGAGCACCUUCUACUUGCGCCACCUCCCUCAGUCCAACAUAUCGGAAGUACCCGACCUUGAAGAUGAAUAUAGGGAGGUGAUGAAGGAAUUUGCAAAAAGAUUGGAGAAACUGGCAGAGGAGCUCCUAGACUUGCUAUGUGAGAAUCUGGGACUAGAGAAAGGCUACCUAAAGCAGGCUUUCAAUGGAGCAAAGGGUCCUAACUUUGGAACCAAGGUCAGCAACUACCCACCAUGUCCCAAGCCAGAUUUGAUCAAGGGGCUCCGAGCCCACACUGAUGCCGGCGGCAUCAUCUUGCUCUUCCAAGAUGACAAGGUCAGCGGCCUCCAACUCCUCAAGGACGGCCAGUGGAUCGACGUUCCUCCGAUGCGCCAUUCAAUUGUCAUCAACCUUGGUGACCAACUUGAGGUGAUCACCAAUGGGAAAUACAAGAGUAUACUCCACCGAGUCAUCGCCCAAACGGAUGGAAAUCGGAUGUCAAUAGCAUCAUUUUACAACCCAGGGAGUGAUGCUGUGAUCUAUCCUGCACCAGCACUGGUGGAGAAACAAGCAGAGGAAGGAAAGGAAACAUACCCAAAAUUCGUGUUCGACGACUACAUGAAACUGUAUGCAGGGCUGAAGUUCCAGGCCAAGGAGCCAAGAUUUGAAGCCAUGAAAGCCAUUGAAACUAAUGUCACUAUGGGUCCCAUUGCAACAGCUUAAAUUAGAGUCAAUGUAAAGAGAGAACAGGACUUAAGAUGUUGGUUUUAUUGGGGUGUGACUAAUCUUGGAGUAUAAAGCAAGUUGUUGGGUCCUUGUGGGUUACUGUAUGGAGUGAUUAGUACUUGUAAGAUGUGAAAAGUUUAAUACUACUAGUGUAUAACAACCUUAUGUUAUGAAUAAAGAGUUUAAUGUCCUUUCCUAGUUUA